AUGACUAAACCAGAAAUCAUCAAAAACAUCCCCUCAAAAUCCCAGUGCAAGAAAAAGUACAAGGGAGUCCGAAUGAGGAGCUGGGGCUCAUGGGUGUCCGAAAUCCGGGCCCCAAACCAGAAAACCCGAAUCUGGCUCGGCUCCUACUCCACGCCGGAGGCCGCCGCCCGAGCCUACGACGCCGCCGUCCUCUGCCUCAGGGGCCCCUCCGCGAAUCUCAAUUUCCCGCCUCCCGAAUUUCCGCCCCCAAACUCCGGCAGUUCGGACAUGUCACCGAAAUCCAUCCAGAGGGCGGCGGCGGCGGCCGCCACCGCAUCGAGCGCCGAUUUUCUCGGCGGGCCGCCGUCCCCGAAACCUUCUCUGAAUGUUCGGGUCGGUGAGGAGGAGGGUGAGGACUACAGGGUACAAGCGGUUAAGGCGGUGGCGUCGUGGUACAACUUUGACUCCCCGAGGUACAACGAGAUGGUGAAUGGGGUUUUUUGGGAUGCUAAUCUGACGGUGGAGGAUAGUUUUGAAGAUGGGGAUGUUCGGCUGUGGAGCUUCUGCUGA